AACUGGCUUCCAGAGUCGUGCUUUGAAUCUGUGACCGGCGUGGACCGAGUACAGCAUUUCGCGCCCGUUAACGACCCACCAUUGCGCUUUGGAUUUAGCACCCGGCUGUCUAGACCCACCGGCCAUCAACGCCAUCAUAGCCACCUCGACCACCUCACGGAAUAAUUUCAAGCGCUGUUCUUGCCACCCGACUCGUCUCGCUAUUUCGGUGGAAAACGGAGCUCGAACGCUUUCAUUACACUUUCGCUUCCUAGAAUCAUCAACGCCGGCACUGCUUGCUUCGCACCCUAAUUUUUGUCCUUGGCAGUCCGAUCGACUGAGGUUCCAGUCCUCCGCUUCUCCGGCGAUUGAAGAAGAAAAGCCCAGAUUCCAUUUAUUUUCUUAUCUGGACGCCUCUUUUGCUUAUCUGAAACGUGCUUCGCUUCCAGUUAUGUUUAAUCUGGUGAUGCGCUAGGGCUGGAAGCAUUAUAAAUCCAGGGUUCCUGGGGCAAAGAGACUGUUCGGGAGAUGUCUCGGAGCCCCACAACCGCUCAAUUCCACAAAUCGAAAACCCUUUAUGACAAAUAUAAACUUGGAGAUGAGAUUGGCAAGGGAGCCUACGGUCGCGUUUAUAAGGGGCUUGACCUGAAAAAUGGAGAUUUUGUUGCAAUCAAGCAGGUCUCCUUGGAGAAUAUUCCCCAGGAGGAUCUUAACAUAAUAAUGCAAGAAAUUGAUCUGCUAAAGAAUCUUAACCACAAAAAUAUUGUGAAGUACCUUGGAUCAUUAAAGACGAAGACUCACCUGCAUAUCAUUCUAGAGUAUGUUGAAAAUGGUUCACUUGCAAACAUCAUCAAGCCCAGCAACUUCGGACCCUUUCCCGAGACAUUAGUACCUGUUUAUAUUUCCCAGGUUUUGGAAGGCUUGGUUUAUUUGCAUGAGCAAGGAGUCAUUCACCGAGACAUCAAGGGUGCAAACAUUUUAACCACUAAAGAGGGUCUUGUUAAACUUGCUGAUUUUGGUGUUGCAACAAAGUUAAAUGAAGCAGAUCUUAACACACAUUCAGUUGUUGGAACGCCUUAUUGGAUGGCUCCUGAGGUCAUUGAAAUGUCUGGGGUCUGUGCUGCAUCAGAUAUCUGGAGUGUUGGUUGCACUGUCUUAGAGUUGCUUACAUGUGUACCUCCGUAUUAUGACCUUCAACCUAUGCCAGCAUUGUUUCGAAUUGUCCAGGAUCCCCAUCCUCCAAUACCUGAGGGCCUAUCUGCUGACCUAACUGAUUUUCUGGUGCAAUGCUUCAAAAAGGAUGCAAUGCAAAGACCGGAUGCAAGAACUUUGCUACAGCAUCCAUGGAUUCAGAACUCAAGACGUGUUCUGCCGUCCUCUCUCCGUCAAAUAGGUGGCUCAAUUAGGAGCAUUGAAGAAGAUGGUGCAAUCACUGAUAGGAACUCGGCCCUUGAUGUUCUUGCUACUGAAGGCUCUUCUGAGGGUAGAAUCAAGUGUGAGGAUGCCAACAUGGAGCAAGAGAACCCUACAAUGGAUAAUUUUGCUACCAACUCUUUUGAAAGAAACAGCUUUGAUGGGAGCAGAGGUGGUAGCAUUGCACAGGAUGGCUACUCUGGAAGCGUUGAUAGUAUAAAAGAUGUGCUUUCUGCAAGAGAUCCUACUUUAGUUUUACUCCAAAAACCAAUGAUAGGCUCAUCUUCAGCUAAAGAAGCUUCUGCUACUAAUCCAGAGACAUGCAAAGAAUCUUCUUAUGAUGUAACAGAUGGACUGGUGCGAAUCCCUGUAGUCAAUGAAGAAAAUGAUUUAGAUAUUGAGCAUGAUAAUGAAGGAAGCUCCAGCCAUGAUGGAAGUAGCCUAUUUUCCUUUGGGACUGGAAUGCUGAAAACCAAUUCUCAAAAGGCCGUGAAGCACUCAUCUGUAUCUCGUCCUCAAGAACUGAGUCAAUUUAGUGAUGCGCCAGGAGAUGCUUUACUGGAGGAUAUAAUUCAGCCGCUUGAUAGGGUUCCAGGAGAUCAAGUUGUAGGAGCUUCAACUUCUACCCGCACUCAUGGAUAUGUAUCAUAUGGUAAAAGUGACCUUGCCAAGGAACUCAGGGUUAGGAUGGCCCAGAAAUACAUGGAAAAUCAAAUUGAACACAAGAAGAGUGGGAAGCUUCUGGAGUAUGUGAAGGAUGUGAUUGACAUUGAUAGCCCGGUUUUUGAGGAAAAUUUGCCUGCAGAAAACAUUUUUCGUAUUCAGUCUGUCGAGUUUAGCAAAUUAGUUGGAUUACUGAAGCCAGAAGAACCAGAUGAUGUAAUUUUGUCCGCAUGCCAAAAGCUUCUGUCAUUUUUUGUUCAACGGCCGGAGCAAAAACAUGUUUUCAUGUCCCAGCAUGGAUUUCUUCCUCUUAUGGAUCUUCUUGAAAUUCCAAGAAACCGAGUCAUAUGUUCUGUGCUUCAGAUUAUUAACCAGAUUGUCAUGGAUAAUGUUGGUUUCCAAGAAAAUGCUUGUCUUGUGGGACUUAUCCCAGUGGUAAUGAACUUUGCAGUACCUGAUCGCCCUCGAGAAGUUCGUAUGCAAGCAGCUUUCUUUUUUCAGCAGCUUUGCUAUUCCAGUUCAUUGACAUUGCAAAUGUUUAUUGCCUGUCGGUGUAUCCCUGUACUUGUGGGUUUUCUUGAGGCUGACUAUGCAAAAUAUAGGGAAAUGGUUCAUCUUGCAAUAGAUGGCAUAUGGCAAGUAUUUAAGCUCCAGCAUUCCACUCCAAGAAAUGACUUUUGUCGUAUAGCUGCCAAAAAUGGAAUUCUUCUUAGGCUUGUUAACACCCUUCACAACUUGAAUGAGGCGGCACGUUUGGCAUCCAUGCAAAGUAGUACAGCUGCAAGACCUAGAUCUGGCCCAUUGGAUAAUCCAGAGUCAGUUGGAGCAUUGGAAUCAUUGCACACAUCUGCUACUUCUGGACCUGAUGCAACUUUGUUAGACACAAAGAACUUUGCUAGAGAUGCAGCUGCAGCUUUAGAGGAGCAUGAAAAUUUGGGCUUGCGGAAGCCUGAUGUUUCUCAAUUGGAAGUUGACCUGCUUAGACAGCUAAGUACGAUUAAUUCUUCAAGCAGAACUUCUGCAGAUCUGUUUUUAAGGCAUGUAGAAAAUGCAUCAAAUGGAAGUCUUACUGCUGGAAACUUAUUGACUUCUCAAAGGGAACAUAUACGCCCACUGCUGAGCAUAUUAGACAAAGAACCACCUUCUCGAAAUGUCUCAGGGAAACUUGAUUAUGUGAGCCAAUUUCCUGCACUAGAAAAGCAUGAAAGCCUGUUACCCCUUCUUCAUGCUUCAACGGAAAGGAAAACUAAUGGAGAACUUGAUCAUCUGAUGGCAGAAUUUGCCGAGGUCUCUAGACAAGGGAAAGAAAAGGAACAUGCAGAUUCCAAUGGAAAACCAUCCAAGAGAGUAAAUAGGAAGGUUUUACCGCAAUCCAUGGGCUCAAAUGCUUCAAAUGAAGGUGCUUCAACGUCUGGUGUUGCUUCUAGGACUACAUCAGGAGUAUUAUCUGGCUCUGGUGUUCUGAAUGCAAGGCCAGGGAGCUCAACAUCCUCCGGAUUACUUUCACAAAUGGUAUCAUCCCUGAAUGCUGAUGUGGCACGAGAGUAUCUUGAAAAGGUUGCAGAUCUUUUAUUAGAAUUUGCCCAAGCUGAUUCUUCUGUAAAAUCCUACAUGUGUAGUCAAAGCUUGCUUACUCGGCUUUUCCAAAUGUUCAACAAGAUAGAGCCUCCUAUUCUUCUGAAGAUGCUUAAAUGCGUCAAUCAUCUUUCUGGUGAUCCAAAUUGUUUAGAGUAUCUCCAGCGUGCAGAUGCAAUCAAACAUUUGAUUCCUAACCUCCAAGUUCAUGAUGGACCUUUUGACUCUCAAAUACACAUUGAAGUAAGCAGUCAAACUUUACAACGGAAUAUAAUUGGUUUAUUAACAAUUUAUUUAUACGUUAUAUUAUUUAUAAAUUUAGCUUGUUUGAUUUUUUGGCAUUCUUAA